UCGCCUUCCGCAGGAAUAGGAAAACGAAGUUAGCGCUAGCAGCUAGCAGCCUAGCUAUGAAGCCCUGCUACAGACACACCUCACACUAAUCUCCCACAGUUAACUGGCUUUAUAGCUUAUAUUUACUAGAGCUGUUAAACAUAACCGGAUCAAAUGGUUUAUGAGACUGUGCAGCCAUGGGUGACAUGAAAACCCCCGAUUUUGAUGAUCUUCUGGCUGCAUUUGACAUCCCAGAUGCCACUGGGUUGGAUGCCAAAGAGCCCAUCCAGGGGAGUCAUGAGGAGACGGACGGUCAGCUGAAACACACAGGGAUAUGUCUUGAUGACAGCUUACUGAGUAACCAAGCUGUCACAGCGGCAGAUGUUCCCGUUGUAAGUGUAAUUGUGAAAAACACAAGUCGCCAGGAGUCAUUGGAAGGUUUUGAGUCAUCGUUGCAAAACGGGUUCGGUGGACAAGAGGCCUCCAUUGACUCUGUUGAUAAAACCAACACCUGCUUUUCCAAAUCCUUUGUCACUGCUUUGAAUGGGGAGAACUCAAGAGAGCUUCUUGGAGAGGCUCCUCUUCAUCACAAACCUGAUGGAACACCAUUAUUUUCCCAGCCACUUUCGCAUUUUAGUCCCAUCUCCAGUCCGGAGUCUGAAGACACUCAAUGUAGUAGAGAUGAAAUGUAUCCAAAACAAGACACACCCUGUUUCCCAGAAGCAGAUUUGGCCGAACCUUCUAUCCCAGACUAUCCCAAAAAACUGGACUUCAGCAUGUUUGAUGACUGCCCGAAGGACUAUAUUCCCAAGAACACUGAGGGGAGCAGAGAAGAAAAAAGUACAAGCGAGGAGUCUUCUGACAGCUGUGUCAGAAACAAAACAGAUAAAUCCCCUAGAUUACACAGUGCACUUCCCCCAGCAAGCGUUAACCAGAACUUAAAUGAAACCAACUACAAUUCAGCGACCACAUUGGAAGUUCCCACUUAUCCGCAUGUCAUAUCUCAGACAUCUAAAUUAUCUUCCUGCCUUGAGGCUCUGGUGGCUCUGAAUGCUAGAAAAGAUCCCAGUGAGCAGAUAAAUUCCAGAGAGUCAUCAGCUAUUCAGAAUGACUGCAUGAAAGCAAGCUCCGCCGUGCCUAUAUCCCCACGAAGUCCACUUGAAGCUGUGAAACGGUUAAUGAAACCCUCUGAUAGUCCUGUUAGCAUCUGCAGUGAUAGUAGUGGCAAAGCGUCCCCCGCAGUGGCAACUGGGUCACCCCCUGCCAUACCAAGGGUCAGAAUUAAAACCAUUAAAACCACAACUGGGCAGAUCAAGCGCACAGUCACCAGCGUACUGCCUGAUUCAGAAACCGAUGAAGUUCACUCUGCAUAUGAGUCCUCUCCAUCGCAGAGUAUGAUUAGUGAAGAUUCUUACUGUAAUAUGUCUCCUCAUCAAUCUCAAAGUGCGUCAGUUGAUGGUAUUGUUGGAGUACAAAUUAAGAGUAUGCCAGAUAUUACAUCUUCACCAAAAGUUUUACGCAACAAAUCAGAGGUUAACUCCAGGAGGUCAGGCAUAACGCAGUGUGCAACAGUAUUCCAUAAUACUAGUGGUCCUGUCAAACGGUCUGCUGCACAUCAGGGGCAGAAACCAAAGAGAGGAUCAGCCACAGCAGCCCAUACAACUACCACCAGUUUUCUUCCCAAAGCAAUGCACUUAGCUAGUCUGAACCUGGUCCCUCACAGCGUUGCUGCUUCAGUAGCUGCUCGAUCCACCUCGCAUCAACAAAGCCAACACACACUCUCCUCUAAGGUCUACAGCACCGUCCCACUGGUGCAUCAGGUCAAAUCAGCCAACCCUCAUCCUCGCACGUCCAUUCCCAACACAGCAGCCGGAACCUUAAACAGACUGUUGAACAAUGCCAACCCUGUGCCUACAUAUGUGCCCAACCUGAACCCCCCUCCAGAGAGCAAUAUCAAACUACCACCACGCGGAUACUGCUGCCUUGAGUGCGGGGACUCCUUCGGGGUGGAAAGUAGUCUUGCCUAUCAUUACAGCAGGAGGAGUGUUCACAUCGAAGUAGGAUGUACCCACUGUGCAAAGACGAUGGUGUUCUUCAACAAGUGUGCAUUGUUGGCACAUGCAAGGGAGCACAAGAACAAUGGCAUGGUGAUGCAGUGCACACAGCUCCAUAUGAAACCCAUAGCAGAGGAACAAAUGUUUGUACCUCACAGUGCUGUGAAUGUGGACUCUUACAACUCACCUGCACUUAACAGCCAACCUGUCCUGCCCCUAUAUCCAGACAAUGUCAAGCGCCACCGACUCUGUUGCCUGGAGUGUAGCAAGCCAUUAUCUGACUACAAAGCACUUGCAUGCCAUUACCAGAGGCUGUCUGACGAUGUGGAAGGACUCAUGUGUAAGGUGUGCUCAAUGCUGUUGCCCAACAAAUGCAGCUUUAGAGCUCACCAACGCAUUCACGCACACAAGUCCCCUUACUGCUGUCCUGAGUGCGGUGCCCAGAGUCGUUCUGCAGACAUACAGAAGCAUGUCAGGGAAAACUGUCUGCACUAUGCUCGCAAAGCUUGGUACAAAUGUCUUCACUGCGAUAUGGUUUUCAAGACCCUUCAAGGACAAAAGACUCACAUUGAGGAGAAACACUGUGAAGUUUUUUACAAGUGCUCCAUCUGUCCAGUUGCCUUCAAGACCUCUGACAGCUGUGAAGUGCAUUUCAAAAAUAAACACAGUGCAAGCAAAAUAUCCCCGCUGUUAAUCUUUAAGUGUUCAUGUGAGACGGUUUUCAAGAAAAAGCAGUUACUGUUGCAGCAUUUCCAUCAGAAUGCCAACAAGCGUGUUACGUGUGUAUUCAAGUGCCCAGAAUGCAACUCAGUCUUUCCACAAAAGCAGCUGUUGGUGCAGCACUUCAAGGGUGUCCAUGUAGGAAACGUGACAACAGAGACAGUAAAGACCAGUGAACAAACGGACAAACCUGACGGGCACCAGGAUGCUCAUUCUGUCCAGCAACAGAAGAAUCCCAGCGCUGUUAAACACAAAGAUACUCCCAGAAAAAAGGCCGAGCAGGACAGAAGACCUCGUGUGAAGCCCACCGGCUGGACGUGUGGGGAGUGUCUCCAGUGGUUCCCUGAACGAGACUCCUAUGUUUCACACGUGAAGACCAACCACGGGAAGUCAGUUAAGAAGUAUCCAUGUCGACAUUGCGAGCAGUCUUUCAACUCUACAACCAGUCUGAGAAGACAUGUUCGCAAUGACCAUGAUAAAAAAAAGAAAAUUUACACUUGCUGGUAUUGCACAGACACCAAGACAAUAUUCACAACGAGUGUCAUGUUGAAGAACCACAUCAGUCUGAUGCAUGGAAUCAAAAAUCCUGAUCUUGGCCAGAUGCCCAAAACAGCCGUCCACGAGUCAAAAAAGGCUUUUGGCAAGGGGCUUUUAUCAGAGAGACCUGCCGUGGACAAACGGGAGGAGGGACAGGAUGGCACUCGUAGUCUCGGGGCUCCUCCGGCGAAACGUCUGAAAACUCAGUUCCGCUGUUCAAAAUGUGGUUUCGUCACAGGCGACAGCACACAGUUCCAGCAGCAUUUACCACAGCAUAAAACGGAUGAAAACACUCCUCAGUGCCUUCACUGCGGCUUGUGUUUUACGUCUGUGUUGUCUCUCAACAGACAUCGGUUCAUUGUACACAAAGUCAAAGAUCCCCAGGAGGCAGAGAAAGGAAGAGGAGAGGAGGACGAGGCAGCGGUGAGGGAGAAGGUGCAGGUGAAUCAGCCAGUUAGACCAGCAGAUACCGAUGAGGCCAAUGACUUGUUACCGGAGCUAAAUGAACCCAAGCCCUCACAAGCAGGAGAGCCAGCUAGUCCGCACUGUGACAAGACCUCGGACUGUAAUUCAAAACAGAGCACACACUCUCAGAUACAAGCAGUCCCUCUCCGGUAGUGAGUCGUCCUCAAAGCGGCUUUAAUGUCUUCAGUUUUCAUGUGAAAAUAACAAGGGAUGCUUGAUGUUCUGCAUGGAUGUGUUUGGGCCUUUCAAUUUUUAUUCCUCGCAAGUUAUUCAGAGGCUGUGCGGUAUAUAUUCAAGCACAUCCUACACAUUUAAUAAAGAGCAGUAUUUUUUAUAAAUGAGAAGACAAAUUAAUAUUAAUUUUUCAAUUGCUUUUAUUUAACUUUGCAUGUUGGUAAUAUAUUUGUCUUUGCCUUUUCAGUCAUACCUGCACACGUAUUACACCUUAAGCUAUUUUAUUUUUCUUUCCACAAAUGUUCCAUCCACCCUGACAAGAGACUCAGGAAGGUCUGUUGGUGUUGAGGUCUAGUAUUGAUUGAUGUCACAGUGAAGAGGUGGAUUUCUUGCCUUUGUAAUCAACUUCUAUUUUAAUUGCUCUUUUGUGUUUAAUGCAACACAUUAUUUACCUGAAUGGGAUUCAGGUUGCAGUUUUAAUGUCAUGACUGUGUUGCAUUAAUUUGCAGUACAAAGCUAGAAUUUUAGUCGCAACUUAUUACAAAACGGUAUUCAUUUAAAAUCGUAUUUCUGUAUUCUUGAUAAACAGUUAUUCGUAAAACUAUCCUGUGAGAUUAAAUACAGGCGAGUUGUCUUGCUAAACCAAGCCUACUAAAGUUAUGGCUACUAAAGACUUUCUUUUUACUUUCUUUCACACAUAAGAACAAGACUUUCUUUUUACUAUUUACGCAUUUUGAAAUAGUUUUGAUUCUAUGUUAAGUGAACGUGUUUGAAUUGUGGGUGUAUGUGUUGUUCCAAAUCUGGCCUUUUUUUUUUGUUUUUUUUAUUUGAACGAGUGUUAAGGUGAAACAUGGAGAGGUAUUGUAUGAGUGGUGCAGCAGUAUUGAAAAUACCUCAAAUUGCCAGAAGUGUAUUUUUCAGGCAAGUGAACCGUCAAUGUAAUGUCAAAUCAGGGUACAUUGUUUUGGAGAAUCCAGAGCAGGUGUGUGAAAGUGAAGUUUGGCAGCAUAUCAGAGAGAUUGUUUUAUAAAUCAGGACCUGUUAACAUGAUGAAAACAAUACUAGUGGGAUCAGAAGGAUUUGUUAAUUCCAUAAUGACUUUAGAGGAAAGAACUUUUUUAGCUCAGCGCUCAUAAUGGUGGGUACUUCUUGUUUGCAUGUCCUGGUUUGUAAAGCAGCAGCUCUUGUUUUGUUUUGAAUACAUGACAGUUCCUACCUCCAUGGUUAAUGGCAGUGAUUGUUAAACAAAAGAAGAGUUGAGGAGUUGCAGGUAAUCUCAGUGCAAUGUAAAAAAAAAAAAAAAAAAAAAAAAUAGUUUAUAAAAAUGUAUUAUCCCAUAUUAUUGAAUUUUAUAAAUUAUUUUGGGAAUGAUAUUAAGGCUAUAUGGUCAUAUUGACUUAACAGGCAAGUGAACCUUUCUAUUUAAGUGCUAUGUGAGCUCUUUAUUUCUCUGUAAUCUUGGAUCCUUAAUUUACCGUGCUGCAGCUGUUGAACUGCAGAGGCUGAAAAGAAUGACUUGUUCACAACUUGUUCUUUUGUAUUGCUCGUUGAAAGAUAUUUGUACUUUUGAUAUCGUGUAAAGCGAGGACUUGUGUAGGAAAGUAACCUGUGUACAUAAGUAGCCAAUGAACCCUGGAUUCACAGUAUUUCUUAAGCCAUUACAUCUAUUCAGCAUGCAGUGGCCCAUGUGCCUUGCUGUAAUGUUUACGUCAAAGUACUUACAAAUAAAUUGGU